AACACACUUUGAACCUUUUUCUUUUUUGGAUCUACAACAGCAAUGUCUAGUGAAGUAGAGACAAUAGUGCACACAAACAAAACAGAUGAAGUAGAUUCCCUUAGAUUUACGACACGUGCAGGAGGUGCCUACAUUCCUCCUCAUCGCAUGCGUCAAAUGCAACAAUCAAUAAAAGAUACUAGCAGUGAAGCUUAUCAACGCAUUACCUGGGAAGCUUUGAAGAAGUCGAUCAAUGGCCUGAUCAAUAAAGUGAAUACAUCCAACAUAAAGAUGAUUAUACCAGAACUCUUUGCUGAAAACCUUGUUCGUGGACGAGGAUUGUACUGCAGAAGUAUAAUGAAAGCACAAACAGCAAGUUUACCAUUCACACCUGUCUAUGCUGCAGUAACAGCAGUUGUAAAUACGAAAUUACCAGCUGUAGGAGCAUUGCUCUUGUCUCGCUUAGUUGUUCAAUUUAGAAGAGCAUUCAGACGUAAUGACAAGACUUCUUGUUUGGCAACAACCACUUUUAUUGCUCACUUGACAAAUCAGUUGGUUGCUCAUGAAAUCUUGGCACUUCAGAUCCUGGCACUUUUGCUCGAACGACCUACAGAUGAUUCAGUAGAGAUUGCAGUCGGCUUUAUGAGAGAAGUGGGUGCACAUUUAGCCAACGUGUCUCCCAAGGCCAACAAUGCCAUUUAUGAAAGAUUCAGAGCUGUUUUACACGAAGGCGAAAUAGAUAAACGUAUUCAAUACAUGAUUGAAGUGUUAUUCCAAGUUCGAAAGGAUAAAUACAAAGACAACCCACCAAUCAUUAAAGAGCUUGAUUUAGUGGAAGAAGAGGAUCAGAUUACCCAUAAUAUCAGUUUAGAUGAUGAAGAUCUUGACCCUGAAGAUAUGUUGAAUAUAUUCAAAUUUGAUCCUGAUUAUACUGAAAACGAAGAAAAAUACAGUGCGAUCAAGGCUGAAAUUUUGGGUGAUGACGAGUCUGAAGAUGAAAGUGGAACAUCUGGAAGUGAUGAAAGUGAAGAAGAGUCAGAAGAAGACGAAGAGACAAUGGAAAUUGUAGAUAAAACAAACGCAGAUUUGAUUGAAUUACGUCGAAAGAUAUAUUUAACAGUAAUGUCCAGUGUCAAUUUUGAAGAAGCUUGCCACAAGUUGAUGAAGCUACAUGUGCCAGAAGGACAUGAGAUUGAGCUUUGUAACAUGAUAAUUGAAUGUUGCUCUCAAGAGCGUACAUAUCUUAAAUACUAUGGUUUAAUGGCAGAACGCUUCUGUAAGCUCAACCGUAUUUGGGUAGACAACUUUGUUCAAUGCUUUGAAGAAGUGUAUAAUACAAUUCACCGUUACGAAACAAACAGACUUCGCAACAUUGCUAAACUCUUUGCACACUUAUUCAACACGGAUGCACUACCAUGGACAGCAUUCCAGAUUAUUAAACUAAAUGAAGAAGACACUACAUCUGCUUCUCGUAUUUUUGUAAAGAUUCUCUUUCAAGAAAUUAACGAGUUUAUUGGGCUUAAAGUUCUCAAGGAACGUAUGCUUGAUCCCUUCAUGCAAGAGCCAUUUUCUGGCAUGUUCCCCAAGGAUAAUCCGAAGAACACUCGUUUUGCUAUCAAUUACUGGACAAGUAUUGGUCUUGGUGCAUUGACUGAAGAUUUGCGCGAAUGGUUGAGAAAUGCACCCAAGCAGAUCAUGAAGCGAAGAGACAGCAGUGACAGUAGCUCAGGAAGCGAUAGCAGUGACAGCAGUGACAGCAGUAGCAGUGGUAGCGAUAGUGAUGAUAGUGGCUCCAGCAGUGAUAGUAGCAGUGACAGUGAAAGUGAUAGCGACAGCUACUCUAGUUCUCAUUCUCGCUCUCGUUCUCGUACUCCUCCUCGUACCCGAUAUCGCUCUCGCUCUCGUACGCCUUCUCGAUCCCGUACACCUUCACGUUCGCGUCCUCGCUAUCGUUCGCGUACACCUCGUUCCGCUUACCGCUCUCGUUCUCGUUCUCGCACGCCCCCUCGACGACACUAUCGUUCUCGCUCUCGUACGCCCCCUCGAUCUCGUUAUCGUUCGCGCUCUUCUUCAUUUUCCCGUUCCCGAUCUAGCUCAAGACGUCCUUCUAAAAGAUCAAGACGCUAAAAUAAAACUCACAGCCUGUGUUUUUUUUUUUUUUUAAAAAAAAA